AUGAACCACGCGCUCUGCAACCGCCAAGAAAAUUAUCACGUGACCUUGAUUUUUGGCAAUGCAAUUCGAAAAAGAGACAACGGAACUACCGACGGCCACGCCUCAUUGCUGCGCAGCCACACCUUUGCAUCCCUCUUUCUUCCUUACCGCACGCCAUCUCAACAUCACGAGCGCAUCUAUCGAUUGACCUCUCGACCUGAUAUUAGCCCCUCACUCCGCCCGAAUCAGAUCUCAGGGAUGUACGCCGACCUGGAAGAGGCUCGUACUCGACGUGGCGGUGGGCGUCGACCGUCAAGAAGCUCUGACCUGGACGUUGGAAAGAGCGCGAGGUCUAGCUACGACGACGAAGGUCCGCGUUCAAGGGAAAAGGAGCUAGCAGAACAGCUUCGAAAGCGAGCGCAAGCUUCUCGCGCUGGUGGCCAGAAUGGCGAUGCUUCUCGAGGUCGAAGGCGCUCUUCAUCUGUCUCGAGUCGCUCUUCGCGUGCUUCUUCUCCAGCUCGAUCCGAUGCUCAUAGUCCGAGUCGCAGUCGUAGCCGCAGCCGGGAUAGUCUUCACAGCAGAAGGAGUCAUCAUUCGAGGAAGAGUGCUUCGCGAGCAGACGAGGAAGCCGAGGAGCGUAGAAAGAGACGCAGAGGCGAGGAAACGAGUCGCGGAGAUCGGGACCGCAUAGACGACGACGCCGAAGAGCGGGCCCGCGAGCGCCGUCGUAGGCGAAGCGACAGACGAGAAGAUUCUGCGACGGCGGACGAGCGUCGGCCAAGCCCCGACCGGUCUUCCAGCCGCACGAACCGCGAUCGCUACGAUUCCUACUACGAUGACCGACGCUACGAGCGCCCAGCAGACCGCAGCCACCAGCGACGAGCAAGCCGAUAUGACGAUGAUGCUCGGCGUGCACCUCCUAGACGCCGAGGUCGCUACGAUAGUCCGACGGUCUCAGUACGAUCUCGUCGCAGCCCUACCCCGGAGAUCGACGACUACGAGGAGCGCUCCGCCUUCUGCAGCCGGCUCUCGGCUAGGUUGGGCCAGCGCGACCUCGGCGAGUUCUUCGAGGAACACUUGGGCGAAGGUGCCGUGCAGGAUGUGCGCAUCGUCAUGGACCGCGUCACGCACCGCAGCAAGGGCGUUGGCUACGUUGAAUUUGCUGCUCGCGAGCUGGUUCCCAAGGCCAUUGAGCUCACGGGCACCGUCCUCUUUGGUAUUCCUAUCGUCGUUCAGCGUACAGACGCCGCACGCGGCACCGGCGGUGCCUCUCGAGGUGCCAGCGAUGCGUCCAGUCGACACACCAUGGCGCCGCAUCCAGCUGUCACACCUACGCAGCUCGAUCCUCGCGUCUUGGCGAACGCCCCUCUGCCCAUGCAGUACCAUACCGCUGGAGCUCCCAUCCACCUCGAUGUCGCGCCUCAUCCACCCCGAGCCCAACGUCCCGGUCCCAAUAUGCCCAACACCGAGGCAAGACUGUACGUCGGCAGCUUGCACUUCAGUCUCACGGAUGAAAACGUCAAAGCCGUCUUUGAGCCUUUUGGCGAGAUCGAAUACGUCGAUCUGCACCGUGAACCGGGCACUGGCAAGAGCAAAGGCUUCUGCUUUAUCCAAUUCAAGGAACCCGAAGACGCAAAGAAGGCGCUCGAGCAGAUGAACGGCUUCGACUUGGCUGGAAGGGCUAUACGAGUCGGCAACGUGAACGCAAAAGGAUCCGGCGGCGGAUCUUCCUACACAAGCGGAUCCGGUCAGGACUCGCAAGGCGGUGGCCACCUGCCGCAGCUCACCUCCGCCUUCGACGACGGCGGAGGCGCUGGUCUCAAUCCGGAAAGACGCGCAGCCUUGAUGGAGAAGCUCGCCCGCAACAACGAGCCAUCACCCUCGGCCUCGGAAACAACGCAAGGUGCGCAGGAGCGUCCUGCCGGCAUUCCAGAGUCGACGUCGACUUCACUGCUUCUCAAAAACAUGUUUGAUCCAGCGGAGGAGACCGAAGCCGAUUGGGACAAGGACCUGGCCGAAGACGUCAAAGACGAGUGCCAGGCCAAGUACGGACCCGUGACGAGCAUCCACGUCGAAAGGGAUUCUGCCGGCGAAAUUUAUGUCACCUUUGCUAAUCUUGACGCGUCCAGGAAAGCCCUCGACGGCCUCAACGGACGAUUCUUUGGCGGCAAGCCGAUCAGUGCGCAAUAG